AUUUUGAUUUGCGAUUCCUUUUAAGACGACAGACGUUGGUAGUAAAAAGUUGCCUUUUAUAUUGUGGUUGCCAUCACUGAGGAAAGCGUUUACUUUGGAGCUAUAGUUGGCAACUACACUUUGCCCAACUAACUAUCUGUAUAUGCAAGUUUUGGAGGACUUACCGGAGCAUCAAGCUGGUGCCUCGAGUUCACUCAGCUCCAGAGUAAAAGCUAGGGUUGAUCCUUUGCCUCUGCAGAAUGUUUUGCCGAACGCUGGAAGCUUUCUUUUCGGUAGCAACCAGUCCUCGGCAAUAACUUCUUGGCCUCCAGGUUCAAUAUUAUCACCAGCUUGGGUCAAUUAUGGAGGUAUACCCGACAAUGCUUUUAUCGUUUCUCCUUCUAUAUUUGUUGAAACUCCUACGAAACACUUUUACCAAACUCAUGAAGGGGUGUUGGGUGAUAUGGCUUCUACUCACGUUUCGACGCCCAAUUCAUUGACAGGGACUCCUCAUUACAUACAGCAACAAGAACAACAAGAGGAAAGCUAUCAUUUUCCAAGGGACCAUAAUAUAGAAAGUUGUAACUUGUCUACUGAAGAGGAGAACGAAAACCCGAUAAACACUUUGGCGGCAAUUUCAGAGUCACGACUGCCUUUUCAGACAGAACAGGCAACAAGUGGCGCAGCUUUUGCUUUCCAACAGUCUUAUGCACAACAGUCCAGUAAAGCAGAUUCUAAAAGCACCAAUAAUGAUGAAGACUCAAGCAGGAAGUCUGGAAGUAAACGAUGGCUUUUUGGGACGAACAAGUCUUUCUGCUCUGUCCCAGAGAAAGUUGGUAAAAAACCUCGUCCUCGAGGAUAUUCAAUGACCAACAACAGUGAUAUGCUUUCUUUGGAAACUCCUUCGUUGUCGACAUGUUCCAAUGUUGCCAAAACGGAACCGUUGCUGAUGAAUUAUGAACCUCGUUGUAAUAAUAACAUGGUUCCAUCCAUGUUUAUUCCAAGUUCUUCAGUAGUAAACUCGUCCUUUCCAGCGGGGAAUGCGAACAUGGAGUCUUCGCUUGCCAAUAGAUAUAGAAGAAGUACUGUAUUGGAGGACAGUUCCAAGUUAUCGAUGGCGACAUAUGCGGAUCGAGGGUUUUCGUCCAUGUCACAAUAUGCUCCCAGUUACCUUCGAAUGGCAGAAGAAGGAAGAUCGACAAACUCUCUCCGGAUGCGAGGUACCUACUUUCGACAACAGUUGAAUGACUCUUUGGAAGAUAUAACGAGCUCAUUGGAUAGGGGUGCUUUGAACUCUCUACCAGCGGAAACUCCUUCACAAAGGAGAGAACGAAGGAAAUUGGCUAGAGCACAAGUUAGAGCAGCGAACCAGUUGCAAAAAGAACAAACAAGAGAUAGGUUUAAGAGUAUGGAACAAGCAGCAUUUGUGAAAAAGCCAAAGAACGUGGACAAUGCUCAGCCUUCUAAUGUUAGUCCAUCAGAAGACUUUUCCUGUGCAAGUUCAAGACAAGAAGAUACAUUAACGGAGGAAGCAAAGGAUGUUUUUGACCCGAAAGCUAUCAGAGCAAUACGAAACAGGGAGGCAGCUCUACGGUCAAGGCAACAAGCAAAGGCAAGAUUGAAAGCCUUGGAAACUGAAAAUGCAGAAUUCCAACAAAAAGUCAACUUGCUUGAACGAGAAAAUAUGGAGUUGCGAAAGGAGCUUGAAAAAUUCAAAGCUGUCCUGCAGCAGAAGAAUAUUACCAUGGAACAUACUGAAGAAAGCUGUAGAGCCGCUGAUUUUUAGAAUAUUUUAUCAAUUUAGAAAUAUAUUAACGAUGUUGAAGGUAGUGAAGAAAUUCUCCAUACGUCAACAUAUG